CUCGUUAUCCGUGUCUCCGUGAGACUUGUGAUCUCACAGUUGUGUAAAAACUGAACUAGAAUAAUUCAAUAUGUAAUCGAACCCAUUCAUGAUAAUUUCUACCACUUGGUUGUUCCUCAGUUUCAGAGGAGGACUCCUGAUGCAACAGCAUAAGUCGCGAAGAGAAGCUUAACAUAAGAAAGGAACAUCUCUAGGCGCAAGUAUCUUCAGUUUACUGGAAUUUUGUAAAUGCUGGUAAGUAGUUUCUUUGCCUCAUUUUGGGCAACUGGAAGCAAAAGGUAAGCCACUUUGUUACUUUGUAUCUUGAUAACAUGUUUUUCAUUAUAGUCUUUUUGAUUCAUUUCCCGUUUUCUUCUUUCCAGACUGUUGUCAGUGGAUCUCUAAAUUCAAACGUGCUGUUGCCUUGCAAUUUUUCUGGCAAUGGAGGCCAAGUGGAUCUUAAAUACACCAGAGUUAUCUGGAAACAAAAUGCCAAGGAGAUAGUGAGAUACGAGUCUGAGAAGUUGGAAGUUGCUAGCAAGGCAAAGAUUUCUGAAGCGGAACUGAGGCAUGGCAAUGCCUCCCUCUUUCUCCCGCAAGUCAUUAUCGCUGAUGAAGGAGAUUACGAAUGUGAAGUCAACUAUGCUUCAGAGCAUUACAACAGAAACGUUCGGUUUAAUGUUAUAGCUUAUCCAAAAGUCUCUAUGAACCCCCCUCUGGUAGUGAUGAAUGAGAAAAGCCUACUAGAGUGUCGUGUGGACAACUUCUUUCCAAAAGGGAUUUCCAUUGAGUGGUUGAGGGAUUCCCAGUCACUUUAUGUCCAAGAUGAACUACACUUGGAGCAUAACCCUGAUGGCACCUUCAGUACAGUUAGCCUGUUUUCCUACACACCCACCCCUGAGGAUCACGGUGUGGCUUUCUGCUGCCGAGUGAAGCACGAGUGUCAGAUGGGGCCACUUGAGGAGACCUUUCAUCUGCAGUUCCGAAAGCGAGCAUCUGUGAAGUUGACUUCCAUCGAUUUGCCACAGGGUCGAAAGCUGAUCACUUGUAUUGCGGAGGAUUUCUAUCCAGCAGAUGUUAACAUGACCUGGAAGAAAAAUGGGCUUCCUGUCAAUAGUACAGAGGAAAAGGCAGAUGGCUCCUUUGAGAAACGAGAGUACCACAUUCUGGUUGACACAGAGAUGGAGAGCGAGUAUACCUGUGAAGUGAGUCAGGAGGGAUUCUUGAAUUCACUAGCCGAGAAUAGAUUCACCAAGUCAGAGGUUUGUGGAAACAGGACUCGGACGGUUGUCAUUACCAUAUUUGUUCUCUUGAUUAUUGAAGUUGUUCUGGUGCUGGUGGGCUACUUUCUUUAUAAGAAGUACUACCGCAAAAGAUCUCCAGUUGCAGGUUCAAGUGGAUCCCCUUCGGUGUCUUUAAGAGCGAUGGGCUCAUCAACCGCAACAUCAGAAAUGGGAUGAAGCUGAGGAAGGGAUGCCUAGGAAAGAAUACAACAGGACCUUCUUCACCAUUGAACAAUUCACUGCUGUGGCAUUUUUGAGAUUUCGACAGUUGACGAUUUUUCAAAGAAUGCUUUAUUUAGUGAGAAUGCUCACUGUGUUCCCUCACCCAAUUUUAGUUAUUGGGGGGAAAAUAGUUUUGUUUGUGCGUUAGGAAGGCAUGAUAUUGAACAUUUCAAAAAUCAAAAAAUGAGAUGUGCUUUUCAUCCUUAGGAGUGAGCUGCAUCAUUAGGUGAUAAGGCAGCUAUAAUGGCAGAUUUUGGAUUGGGAAUGCAUGAAAUACAAACCAAUAAUAAUUGAGCUUGCAAAGCCAAAUGGCCAGUGUUGCAUUAACUCUUACAGUGUUGAAAAUGAGGAUGGAAACCUCCUUUUGAUAUACUGUGGACUCCUAAAGUAUUCAGACCCAUUCCCUUUCUGCACACUUUAUUGUGUUGUAGAUUUAAUUUUAAAUGGAUACCAUAGCAAAGGGUUGGAAUACUUAUAUAAAUGAGAAAUUUCUGCUUUGGAAUUUUAAUAAACUAAAAUUCGCUUCACUCGCCAACCCCCAGCCUACGCUAUGCACCAGCCACUCGCAUCUCUGCCGCUCGCGUAUGUGGAUUUCACUUUCAUCAAACAACAAAUCUUUUAAUUCUCACAGAUGCACCUCUUCAUUUGGAAGAAACAGUACAUUUCCCUGAUGGCAACACAAAUUAAGUUAAACUUAACUUUUAACUUAAAGUUUAAAGCCGAACAAUAUCUACAUACUUCUGUCAUAUCACCUAUGUCCAUAUAUUCAAUCUCUUUUUGCUUUUCCAUUAUUUCACUGAGUAAUAAUUUCCAUUUGUUAGCUGUAAUGUGAUCUUUACUUUCAGUUUUUUGAGACGUUCGAAUUUUAGUACUUUCAUAAUCUCUAACCUGCUCUGCAUGUGUAUCUUGCCCACUUUUUUGAACCUCUUUACGACGUUCUACUUUGUCUUUUAUUUCCGACCCUGCUUGGAGCUGAGAGCGCAGCAACUGUGUCUGACAAUAGCAUUCACACAAAUGAGAAGUGAUUGGAACGUGGGCGUGGUUGUAAAUGUUUUAGAGGAGGGCGGGACUUGUCACAAUCUCUUGCAAAAAGUCUCAUCUCGCGGGAACUGAAAUUAGCUCUCGUGGGAGUUGAAAUUAUCUCCAAGAAAGUCUCAUCUCAGGAUUUCCUUUUAUAAUAGAGAUAUUUGUUUCUGCAAACACGUUCUUUUUACUUUGAUAUUAUAGGUUAUUGGUCGUAGGUUGUUGGGCAAAAUCAGCAGAUUCAUCAAUUUAAAUUUGCAACACAAAGCGCGCAGAAAGUCAGGGGCUCUGAAUGCAUUCUGAUCCCACUGUAUAUACACUUUAAGAAUUCAUUUAACAUUGGUGAUUUAGCUUUGCACUAUGAUGAAAUAUUCCCAACUGCAUGAUGUCCACCUUUUUCAGAUUUGUUUUUUUUUAAAUGUUGAGAUUAAAAGGAUUAUUUAAAUAUCCAUGGCAAUUGAAUUGACAUCUCUUCACAGUAAGUUCAAAUAUACACAUUAUCACUAUACAUUAAUAACCCUCCUCUAGCUAUCACUUAAAUGUCUCUUCCUCCAUAUUUUACACCAGCCAUGCUGCCCGUCUUAGAUGGGUUUGAAAUCUAAGUAAUUAAUGUGGACCUCGGCAUUACCGUUUGCAGUGCACCAUGUAAUGCAUAUGUGUCUGUUCUAUGCCAUUUGGUAUGGGAUUCGUAAAAGCAAUGCUAACGUUUCAAUGCACCAUUAGUUGGAAUGACAAAUACAAUGUUAUGCGCUGUUUGGUGCAGGGUUCAUAAAAGCAGCAUUAACAUUUGUGAUGCUCCAUCUGUUGGAAUGACAAAUGCAAUGCUUUUUAUUACUAAAAUGGUUUUGGUAAGCCAUAUUUAGGAAUGGCAGAGACAGACACACAGAUACUUAGUCUUUAAUUAAGGUGGAUUGCCCUUCACUUUCAAAACUUGCCGUUUCACUUGCAAAAUGUGGCCAUUCGCCUUGGCACAUCAAUACUAAUAGUUAAAUGAUCAGUAUAGGAAAUACCUUGUGAUAAUCAGUGGAGUUCCUUUGGUUGAACACUGCAAUCUUACUCUGAUACUACAGACUAUACACUAUAUUAGAUAUGGAGAAUUGUUUUAGUUAGAAUAUGCAUUUGUUGGGCAUACAGCUUGCAUGAUACAUAUACUGUAUACACAGUCUACAAACCAAAACCACUCCAUCAUCAUACAGCAUAGUCACACGUUAUGACAUUCACACACUUACAUCCUGUCCAUUUUACACCGAGCGUCUCGUUCGACAGUAAAGUUGGAAUUCCAACUACUUUUGAAGUGCACGCCAAUCUCCCAUUAUCUCCUGCGCAAUCCUCUUGUUGGAACUGCCACAAGAUCUUCUCAAUAACAAGCUUCUUUAUUGAACAACUAAAUGAAACAACCCUGCACUCUUAAGUGCCUAAUAAGUCCGAUAAUUUUACUUUCUUAUUUUUACGGUUCACAGGAGGCGCCUCUAAAACUGAUACAUCACGGGAACAAGACUUAUGCUUAUGCUCCUCCCACCCUUUACUGUUAGUAUCACGGUAUCCAAAAUCAUCGCUACAUUGUUCAUCAUCACCGAGAUGAUGGCAGGUGCAAACCAGCAAACACUAACUCCAGCUUAGGGUUUUCAAAUUUUUCAUGGUGGACUCAAACAUCUGGCCCCGUACACAUUCCUCCUAGACGCUUCUCUCAAUCUGACUGUGAAACACUCGCAGGCAGCCCUCUUUUGGUCCUGCCAGUAAGGAGCUCUCUUUUUCUAUGUUACAAUCAUGUAAUGACUACUGAGUAAUUUACAGCAUUAAGCAAUGUGACACACCAAUUUCUCGCUGUUUUGUUUUGCCAGAAAUGCACAAAACGUUUUUGGGGUUUUCGUAAAAUUAAAUAUAGUUUUUUGUAGGUAGCUUUGUAGAAGUCUGAUGACUUUAGACCAAAGGCCCUCUUACAGGGAUGAGAAGGAAUCCAGUAUGCCAGUAACGAAAAAGAAAUCCCAAAGUACCACAUGUUCACUUUCAAAGCUCUGGUAGUUUUUAAAAUGUAGUCUGACACAAAGAUGUAACUUUGUAAGUCAUUCAUCAAAG